GUGUGUGUGUAUUAUGGAAAUGGGCCUCGAGAAUAAAGUGAAAAUCAAUUAAAAAACAAACAAUUUGUUGGCCCAAAAAUGGCACAGUUAAAGCACUUCAAUCUAAUACGUUGCGAUCACCUGAGUGAUCGAGCACGUACAAUCUAUGACAAUUUAGAGACCGAUAUCUGUGCCAUAGAACACAUGAAAUUGAUCUUGACAUGCCUUUGCAUAUUCCUAUUAAUCGUCGGAUGCAUUUAUAUUUGGAGGAAAUAUGAAAAGUGUCAUAAGACUUUGCUAACAUUUCACAAUAUACGCGCAGCUGUAUCUCUGCUUUUGCUGGCCGUUAAUAGCCUAGAGUUGGCCAGGAGUCUGUUGCCGCCCAAGCGAAGUGUCCAAGAGUUGAACCGUCUUUUUCAGUCGCCAGCGGUUCUCAGAGAGCUAAAUGUUUUGAUUGUCAUCGGUAGUGGAGCAGUGUGGAACGCUUUGGCCGCCACAUUGUUGACAAUUAUGCUAAUGUGCUAUCAUCGUGUGCUGGAGCGCAAGAAGGUGACAGUCCUUUUGUACGCCAGCAUUGCCGUGGAGCUGUUGAUAUUCGCUCUUCGUCUGAAUGAGCUGGCCGAGGUGGUCUAUUAUGAAGAUUUAUUUGAACUCGAGACAUGUCUUCAGGUCAUCACCGUCCUAUGUCUACUUGCUUUGGUCACAGUAGAUGGCUUUACAAUUUAUAAAGAGCGUUAUCGUGAUGACUUUUUGGAAGACUACGAGACAAUUGGGUAUAAGCAUACAUUGGCAACUUUCUACUCCAAAUCAUGCUUUUGGUGGUUGACGCCGCUGCUGUGGUUGGGUUUUAGGGAACCACUAGAGCUGGAAGAUCUGGGCCAAAUGCGUUUGGAGGACAGUGCCCGAGCCCAUUACGACCAUUUUCUGUAUGUCUAUACUGAAAACGUGAAAAAGUCAAAUGCCUCACCCUCGUUGUGGUAUUGCUAUAUAAAGAACAGUUGGCGGAUGUUUGCUCUUGGCGGCAUUUUGAAGCUGGCCGGUGAUUUAUUUGCAUUGAUUGGACCACUUGCCAUACAACAAAUAGUGCAAUACAUUGAGGCACUCUAUGCCCAGGCGCAGGCUCAGUCCCAUCAUCAUCAUGGAAAUGCAUCUCAAUCAUUGUUGCCAUGGGAAGUGGUGAACGUUCCCGAUGACUAUGUUGUUGUUGGCGCUGCAGCCCCUAAUGCGGCCUCUGAUGAUGAUGUUGAUGAGGUUUUUGGUAUUGGCAUUGGUGAUGUGAGAAUUUACUAUGCCAGCUGGUCGGAUUUGCUAACAAAUGGCUGGAGCAUUGCUUGGAUAGUGUUGCUGGCUGCAUUGACGCAGGCCGCAUUGUCACAGGCCUCCACGCAUGUGCUCAAUAUGACGGGCAUCAGGAUUAAAACAUCGCUACAGGGUCUAAUUUAUCGCAAAAGUUUGCUACUGAAUGCCAAUAAUACUGAUGACGGUCCUCCUACCCCUUCGACAGCGAAUGGUCAACAAAAUGGGGACGUUAAGUUGACUGCGGAUGAUAAGCCGGCUACGGCUACGGCGGAGACCGCAGCCACAGAACAAACGGAGCGUUCAGCUGGUCUUAAUGACAUUGGCGCUAUUACGAAUAUGAUGACCGAUGAUACUCUAAAUGUGAUGCAGUUCUUUUGGAUCGCGCACUAUGCGUGGGCCAUACCAUUCAAGAUUUCUGUGGUUAUAUAUCUACUCUACCUGAAGUUGGGUAUAAGUGCGGUUAUUGGGGCAAUUGUUUGUAUAUUGAUUAUGACGCCCUUACAAUUUAUCAUUGGUAAUGCCAUGUCCAAGAAUGCCGAAGUGAUAGCGAAAUACACGGAUGAACGUUUAAAGAAAAUUCAUGAUACGUUGAUAGGAAUUAAGAUUAUUAAACUGAAUGCCUGGGAUGAGGUCUUUAUGCGAAAAAUUCAAACAGCUCGGAAAAAAGAGCUAAAAUAUCUCAAUAAAGAUGCCGUUUACUGGACAUUAAUGACCAUACUUACUCACAUUUCGACAGUGCUGAUUACUUUUGUGACUUUGGCCGUGUAUCUAACAUGGCCACGAAAAACAGAGCAGGAGAACGAGGAGGCUUACCUGAACUUCAAUGCCAGUCGCCUGUUCUCUGCCUUGGCCUUGUUCCAACAACUAACAGUGCCGCUCUUGAUCUUUCCCAUUACCGUGCCAAUAAUUAUAGCUGCUCGUGUCUCUACCCGCCGAUUGGAACGUUUUCUACAGGCCCAUGAGAUAAGGAAACAGUUUGAAGGCAUACGCAACAUGGCAAGAAUUCUGAGUAAGAGUGAUGCCUCUUUGGAUAUGUAUGAAACACAAGAGAAAUCAAAUAUGGCCAUGCGAACGGCCCAGGUGGAGAAUAAAUUGAAUGAACAGCGCUUAGCACUGCGGAUUCACAAUCCGGAACAACAACAGCCCCUGCCACCGCCACCCGCACCUUUGGCCCAAUCCGAACCCAUAACACCCUUGCUGCAGAACAAUGGUGAGCAGGUGGAGGACAAGUCACCGUCAUCAUUUAUUACUCACGAGUUGGGCCACUCGAAGUUGGUGCAACAGCGUCGUGAACUACUUCGGAAUACUCCAUAUGUGGCUAUUAGGCCACCAAAACUCUGCGGUGGCACUGCAGAGAAACCGGUGGAGUUUUCGGUGAUUCGCGCCCGAAACACAGACAGCUGGCGACGUGAUUCUCUGCUAUUGAAAAUGCCCGACGACAUUGCAGUUUCCAUUAAUGAUGGCCUCUUCACAUGGCAACCGAAUAGUCAAAUGCCUCAUGUGCAAUUGCAUAUUCAGGAAAUGGCCAUACCAAAGGGCAAAUUAACCAUUAUCGUUGGUAAAAAUGGCAGUGGAAAGACAUCAUUAUUGUCUGCUCUACUCAUGGAAAUGCCGCUCCUUGCUGGAAAUAUGUUUUGGCACAAAAACUGUACCAUUUCGUAUGUGCCUCAAGAGCCAUGGCUACUUAAUGAUACCAUUCGUGAGAAUAUACUCUUUGGUGAAUCAUUUCGACCCAAACGCUAUGACUUUGUUUUAGAUGCAUGUGCAUUGAAGCCAGAUAUUGAAUUAAUGCCAACUGGCGAUUUUACCAUUAUCGGUGAGCGUGGCAUCAAUUUGUCCGGUGGUCAAAGGCAACGAGUUGCCAUAGCUCGUGCAAUCUAUUCAUCGGCCAAUGUGGUAAUAAUGGACGAUCCGCUGUCAUCGCUGGACAAUGAGGUGGGCGGACAUGUCUUCGAGCAAUGCGUACGUCAAAUGCUAUUGAAAUCGAGUCGAACCAUCAUACUGGUGACACAGCAAUUACAGUUGAUCAAGGAGGCGGAUUAUUUAAUUGUGAUGAAAGAUGGUCGCCUGCAAGCUUGCGGCAGUUAUAAGGACAUUGAGCUAAAGCAGCCGCACAUAAUCACCAAAUGGAACUCGAUAAUUGCCAAGGCAAACGCAAAGGAAAAGGACCAACAACAACAUCAAGCGGAGAAGACGUCACGUGAGCGCUGGAAACUGUUCAAAAAUGUCAGCAAAUUGGGAUUGCAGCGUUCAAUUUCGAUUACAUCGGAUGCGGGUGGUGGCCCAGGUACAGAAAUGGAGGCGCCAGAUGGCAGUGUGUCCAUGUCAGUUAACAAUAUGCAAACCGAUGCCAUAGUCGAUGAAGAUGAGGAGGACGAUGAGUUACCCGCGUCAUUGUCCAGCAGUGUGGCUUGUGGGCUACAACAUGGGGGCGGCAGCUUCAAGCUGGUGCGUAAACGUUCCAGCGUCUACGGCUCUCGGCAUCUCAUCUACGAUGUCCCUUUGCCAAUUGAUGAAUGCCAGGCGGAUGAUGUUAUUAUGCGGCCACGUCGCAGGUCAUCAACGCUUCACCGACGAGGUAGCACAGCUAGGGUAACCACAAAUUCGUGGCAUCGCCUGAGCGGCCUUAGUUCUGCCACAGCAACGUCCACCUCGAGCACGAACAGUGGUGAUAUGUUACGUCGCAGUGUCCUCACCGUCAGCUGUAGCAGCUAUGCCGACAGUUGUGCCGGCGGAGGCAUUGGUGGUGUAACAGGCGAUGGCCUCGAUGUAGAGCCCAUGCGAGUUCAGUCCUGGCAGCCGUCGCAGCGAGUCCCACAGCAUCAGCCAGUGACACGCAAUGCUUCAUCGCCUCCAGCCAUGGAUGUGGCGCCUGUGGCCAUUGAGGUAAUUGCUGAUGUGACACAACAUCAGGAAAAUAAGUGUGACGAGGAAGACCCCGCAAAUACAGAGGCAACACAAAUUCGCGGUAGUUUUCAACAGUUUUUGCGACGCAUGUCCAUGCGGCGUUCCAACAAGCCCAAACAUCAUCAUCGUCCACUCAGUGCCACGAAUUCAAUUUUAAGCAUCUCAGAGGAGUCUAGUGCUGCAGCUGCUCUUUUACCCAGUAUUGAACUUAGUUCAGUGGCAUCUACAACUGCUGUUGACAUGUCCAAACCAACACCAACAACAACAACAUCAACAACAAUCAACGAAUCGCAAUUGGAUGGAAAGUUGCAGAGUGCAUCGUCUGCGACGGAAAUGUCGACAAAAUCGUUUGCAACAAACGAUUGCCAUAAUAGCAACAUCACAAACAACAAUGGGAAUAGCGACAACCUGAAUGGUAGAACGGAAAAACCAGCCACCGCCAAUAGCACUGACAUGGCAGACGUGACGGCCCCAGCCCAUUGCCAGUCCGAGGUGAGGGAGAGUGAUCAGCAAAAGUUACGUUGGGCAGGUUCCUCCACAGUCGUGCCGCCCACACCCUCGUCCACACCCCCGCCAAGUGGUCUGCCAACUGUUGUAGUAAAGACAGCAACACCAACGACGACGGAUGCUGAACGCAAAUAUGGAAAAAUAUCACAUCACAUAUAUUUGCUUUACAUGCGAGCCUCUGGCUUGCCCAUAAUCAUUGUCUUUUUUAUCACCGCACUAAUUUGGCAAUGUUUGCGUGUCUACACGGACGUUUGGCUGCAACAUUGGAGUGACCAUGUCCAGCAGCAGCGGCAUCACGAGGAUGGUCGGCCUCAACCAAACUCAAACCAUGAAGUCACGUACUAUUUUCGCAUGUAUGCAACAAUUUCGUGUGUUUGCAUUAUAAUGGCCAUGAUAUCAACACCGGCCGGACAAUGGGCUGGCUGUAAUGCUCGUCGUAAUUUGCACGAUAAACUUUUGCAAACGAUUUUGCAUAAAACGUUGCAUUUUUUUCAAGUGACACCGCUUGGACGUAUUGUGAAUCGUUUCAGCAACGAUAUGGCGAUCAUUGAUAAGAAAAUCGCGGCGACCAGUCAACGUUUACUGCAAUUUACAUUGCUCUGCAUGUGCGCCAUCUUGAUAAAUGUGAGCAUUACGCCCUGGUUUUUGGUCCUAACAGUGCCCAUUUGUGGUGCCUAUUAUGUUAUACAAAAGUUCUACAGGUGUUCUGCCAGAGAACUGCAACGCAUUGAAAAUUCAACAAACUCACCUGUCAUUUCGCAUCUGUCGGAGACAAUACAAGGUGUGACCACAAUUCGGGCGUACAAUCAGGAGUCACGUUUCACCGAGAUACUCUUCAAACGUCUUGAGGCGAACACAAUUGCAUUUACCAUAUUGAAUACGAGUAAUCGCUGGCUGGGCAUAUCAUUGGAUUACCUGGGUGGCUGCAUUGUUUUUGUGGCCAUUGUGACGGCACUGGUAACGGCAAGUCUAAGUUGCAGCAACUAUGCCAGAGAGGUUGCCACAUCAGGAACUUAUGCCAUCAAUAAAAGCUUGCCAGACUCGAAUUCGUCUCCAGGCUCUGGGAACAGGGAGCUGACACCAACACCAUCUCUAGUCGGUUUGGCCAUAAACUACACGUUGUUGGUGCCGAUUUACCUUAAUUGGGUUGUAAAACUUUUGGCCGAUAUGGAGAUGUAUGCCGGCUCGGUCGAACGCAUUGCCCACUAUGCCCAGGAGCCAGUAGCCAUCGAGCAUGAGCAGGAGCAGGAGGCGGAGUUGGAGCAAAAGCCAGAGGAAAUCACCAACAGCAUUGAAGUCGAUUUGUCGUCCUUGUAUCCAACUACAGCCCUGUCGAGGGCUGCCUAUGCCAAACUUUACCAACGCACACCAACGUCAGCUGCCGUUGAUGUUGAUGAAGAUGGAGCGGGAGUGACUUGGGGUGGCGAGCAUGUGGCUCUGGAGCAGUGCAAAGGACCUGGAGACGCUGAUAAAUUAAAUGCAGGCAAUGCAGCCGGCGACGGCAAUCACUUAAACUUCCACACGGCGACAGUUGUUGACAAGUUGCAGCAGGCGACGACGGCGACGGCGACGACAACAACAACGACAAAGAUGUCGGUGAUUAAAGAUAAGAAAAUGGCAGCAGUUGGUGACAAGGUCGCCUUCGUCGUGCCAAAUGAGCCAGCUAAGAGGCGGCGGCAUGGCCCACUGAAAUACUACCGGAGUGUACCGAUUUCCUGGCCACAACGCGGAGACAUCAGCUUCGAAAAUGUCAGCCUAUGUUAUGAAGGACAAAGGCAGAUGGUUAUCAGUAAUCUAACAUUGAAUAUACCAGCGGGUCAACGGAUUGGCAUCUGUGGUCGCACGGGCAGUGGCAAAUCCUCGUUGGCCUUAUCCCUAUUCGGUGUAUUGCAAACGACAAGUGGCCACAUUCGCAUCGAUGAUGUGGACAUUGAGCAAAUCCGGCCAGACGAGCUGCGUUCUAGAUUAUCGAUAAUUCCACAGGAUGUGCAUCUGUUCAAUGCAACAAUACGUGAAAAUCUUGAUCCGCAUGGUUAUUAUUCGGAUUUGCAAUUGUGGAAUUGUCUCGAGUUGGCGCAACUCAAGGAGUUUGUCAAUGUGCAUCUGCCGCAGGGUUUGGAUACCGAAAUCACCGAUGGCGGCAUUAACCUGAGCGCCGGGCAUCGGCAAUUACUCUGCCUGGCACGUGCCAUUCUCCGUGGCUCCGUUUGCCUAGUGCUCGACGAAGCAACAAGUACACUGGAUAUCUCCACCGAAAGGGCCCUCCUCAAGGCAGCGGAUAAGGCCUUUCAGGGUCGCACAAUUAUGACGAUUGCUCAUCGUCUGAGCACUAUCAUGGACUAUGAGCGCAUUGUAGUGCUAGACCAGGGACAGAUCAUUGAGGAUGGCAAUCCACGGCAGCUAAGGGAGCAGACAGACUCCGCCUUUUAUGGCCUGCUCCAGAAGGGAGCUGAGAUGAGCAGCAUUACCACUUAGAUAUCGUUUUUGUACUUUUAGUUUGUAAGUGAAAUGUGCCAUAAAAGUGAUUGACAAUAGUUUCCGGCGAAGACACAAACAGCGAGCAGUUUGUGUCCCUCCAGUAUAUAGUACUUAGUUGUGUGUCCAAAUGUGAUUAUAUAAUUUUAUCUAUAUAUGUAGGUGUUUAAAGUGUAUUUCAUCUCUUCUCAAUAUAUAUAUUUAUGUAUA